AUGCGCCGUAAAUAUCUCUUUGCUGGGCAAGUUGGCUUCCUGUUGAUCAUUGUCACAACCCUCUACUUUGAGGGGCAUAAACUGGCACGGCUUCGUCCAGUACGACCAUUUUCCACUGCCGGCAACAAUGCUUCUGCAGACGCGGUCUCGACUCAACCUACGCCCAGCGCGCCGGUAGCCUUUCAGCCUACUGGCACGGGUGUCUUCUCUGCCGAGAGCCUCACGAGCUACGUGAACGCAAUCCUCGAUCCUGAAAGCAAGGUGCUGCCGCGACUCGAAUGCCCCAAAAUAGCCGGAUCCUCGCGGUACGCCUCUUUGCAGAAACGAUCAGAAUCUUGGACGAGAGACGACAAGCAGACUGAAGUAAUAUAUUUUUUCGCCAUUGACCUCCGAGAAGUCGUGGGCCUUCUUCCGCGUCUGCUUGGAAGCGUCGUCGAGGUAGUCCGCUUUCUCGGCCCAGAAAAAUGCGCAUUGUCCAUCGUCGAGGGCAAUUCACGCGAUGGGACUCUAGAGGUGCUGGAGGCGCUGCGGCCGAGCCUGGACGCGUUGGCGACGACAUACUACCUGCAAUCGAGCGACGUCGACCCACUAAAGGGCGACCGUAUCACCAGGCUAGCCGAGCUGCGCGACAUGGCGCUGCAGCCGCUGCGGGACGAGGGCGGGCAACGAUACUCGGCCAAGACCACGGUGAUUUUCCUCAACGACGUGGCGGCCUGUCCGGAGGACAUACUCGAGCUGGUGCACCAGAGGCAGGUGCUUGGCGCCGACAUGGUCUGUGGGCUCGACUGGGUCUAUGUCGGGCGGGACCCGACCUUUUAUGACGUGUGGGUGGCCCGUGGAAUGGGUGGGGACUCGUUCUUUGAGAUCCCGCCAGACGGCAAUUGGAACUCAGCCUGGAACCUGUUCUGGAAUGACGAUGACGGCCGGUCGGGCUACUUUGAGCAUCAUCCCUUCCAGGUGUUCUCGUGCUGGAACGGUGGGGCCGUGUUCACAGCUGCGCCCAUUGUCGACGGCACCAUCCGCUUCCGAGGGCCUUCCGAGGGCGAGUGCAAGCAGGGCGAGCCGCAGCUGUUUUGCAAGGACAUGUGGUACCACGGCUACGGCAAGAUCGCCGUCGUGCCGACCGUCAACUUUGAGUAUUCGGACGACCGGGCCAAGCAGAUCAAGGAGCUCAAGGGCUACACGUCACAGUUUGCCACCGUUGACGCGCCCAAUGACAAGAUUGACUGGAAGGCAGAGCCACCAGCAAUGGUCAAGUGCAUCCCCUCGUAUGAGGAGCAGAGCUUUCGACCGUGGGACGAAGCGUUGGAAUAG